AGUAGGAUACGCACGGAGUGCUUCUAGCAGCUGUGUAUGCUUCGGUCUCAGCGAAAAGUAUGGAGGCUACAGAGGUGGAAGAUCUGCUUUUUGAGGCAAAAGAGAGCAUGGAGGCGGCUAGAAACUACAAGAAGGAGUUGCAGCAGCGAAUGCAAGGGCUGACACAGGCAAGGAAACAGAUCAAAGAGAGUGCAGAUCAGACACGGAAUGUUCUGCAACAGCACUUUUUUGACUUGAAAGGAGCAGUAACCAAACUGCUGGAUGAACGGUUAGCUACCCUGAUUCAACAAGUGGAUGCAAUUGAGCAAGAGAACAUUAAACCCCUGGAUGACUGCCAAAAGCUCUUGGAGCAAGGGGUCAACACAGCCGAGAAUCUACUCAAGGAAGGAGAGAUUGCUGUGUCCUGCACAGCCAGAGAGCCAGAAAGCCUGUGCAACUUUACAAAUAAAGCACUGCAUAUUCAGCUUGACAGUUUGCCAGAGGUCCCCUCGCUGGUGGAAGUUCCUUGCCUCUCUGCACAACUGGAUGACUCCUUUCUCUCCGUAGCUCGAGAUCGCAUCUCUCACCACGUCACUGUAGCUUCAAGGCCUCCAGUACAGAUUGAAGAGAUGAUUGAGAAACCUGGUGGGAUUUUAGUGCGAUGGUGCAAGGUUGAUGAUGACUUUGUGGCCCAGGAUUACAGAUUACAGUACCGCAAGAACUUGUCAGGCCACUUUGAAGAUGUAUACGUGGGGCCAGAGUCAGAAUUCUUAGUACUACACAUUGAUCCCAAAGUGGAUUACCAGUUCCAAGUUUGUGCCAGGGGAGAUGGGAGACAGGAGUGGAGUCCAUGGAGCAUCCCUCAAAUGGGAAGUUCUGGCCUUGUCCCACAUGAGUGGAGUACUGGGUUUGAAGGAUACAGCCUAAGCAGCAGAAGAAACAUUGUGUUACGGAAUGAUUCGAUUUUUGAGGGGGUUCUUUACUCUAAAGGUCCUACUUACUUUUCGGGGCAGACUUUAACCUUCAGAGUGGAAACCACUGGGCAACCAGAUAAGCGAGAUAGUAUUGGCGUCUGUGUGGAAAAACAGUGCGGUCAUGUAUCCCUGCAGAGAGAUAAGGCUGUGUGCAUCAGCACAAGCGGAGCAGUGUAUGUAAACGGCAAGGAAAUGACCAAUCAGCUGCCCCCGGUCACCCCUGGGUCAACGGUAACCUUCGACAUGGAAGUUGUGAACUUGGGACCAUCCAUAAAUAAUAACAAUGAAGGGGCGUACCACAAACGGAGAGUGACCAUAAGUUCUAACAAUCGAGAAGUGGUCUUUCAUUGGGUGCUAGAUAAACCAUGUGACUCUCUCUAUUUUGGCUGUUCUUUUGUCCAUCCUGGAUGGAAGGUGUUGGUAUUUUAAAUAACCCAUUUUCAAAAGGGAUUCUGGGUCUAUACAGGUUUGGUUGAAGCUACAAUGCACACUUGAUGGUUUAACCCAGAGAAGAACAAGAUCAAAGUACUCCUAAGUAACAACACUUCUCAAAAGUCAAUAGAUUUUCAACUUUCAUUUUUCAUUCCUGUUUGUCUUGUAUUAAGGACGAACAAGAGAAGCUGCAUAGUGCCUUAUUCCAGGAUAAAAGUAACUCAUUUACAGACUGUGUACAAGGAUAGUUUUGUGAAAUUAAAGUAUAAGCAAUAAAGACUGAUCAGUAGGUGUCAGUCAUGCAGUUAGCUAAGAUACAAAUCAAUUUUCUGAAUAGGCAUUUCUUUCUUUCUUUUUUUUUUUGGCUGACUUAUGGGGGCAAAGAACAUUGCUAUGGGUGAUUUUCUUCUCGCAUUCAUAGUGCCAUAUUCAGAGGCUGGUGUUGUGUAUGCUUUGUACCUAUAUAGAUAAAGUUCUUUAUUUAGGGGUCCUCUUCCACAUAUGCCCCUCCCCUUCCUGUUUAGAAGUUUUUUUUCUUCCUGUUUGACACAUGGUAUUGUAGCACACAUUCUACUUCAAGAGUACACUGAUCUCACUUUUUAAACUCAAUUUUGGUUUACUUGGGCAUGUUUUAAUUUUAUACAUUUCCCUGUUUUUAUACAUUUCCCUGUUUUUAGUCUGUUUUUCCGAAUGUAUCCAUUAGUCCUGUUUUGCUAGGAUAGAUACUCCCUUAAUUACCCAUUCCCCAAUUUUGCAUAACCAACAGUUAUAAUAAUACACUUUUUACCUCUGUAAUUAGUGCCUUAUUUCAGUUCUUUUGACAGACUUUCAUUUUAGCUAAUCAGUGCUGACUCCUAGUUAACUUCACGUGUGUGAGCUCAAUGUUAUCUAUAUGAAACACAUGAACUAAUACCCUCUAGUGUUGAAAAACUGUCAAAAUGCAUUUAGAUUAGAGGCAGCCUUCAAGGUCUAAGAAAUUAGCAUAUGAACCUCCUAGGUUUAGCUUUCAAGUAAGAAUACCAAGAGAACAAAGCAAUAUUGGUGAUAAAAGUAAAUUGGAAAGUUGUUUAAAAUGACAUGCUCUAUUAUGAAUCAUGAAAGUUUUUUUUUUUACUUGACUGUCCCUUUAAGGGCUACCGAGUGUCAACCCAUUAACCACUUGAAGCUGGGUGUCUCAAAAUAUAUCACCCAAAAGUAAAGCAGACUGACUCCUCUGCAUCUCCAGUAACAACAUGUUUAUUUUAUUCCAAAAGAGAUAUAAAUCCCAUCGCAGUCCGUUUUGCAGGAACUUUCCAAUUAUUGGAAAGAUGGACUGGAAGUCUAACUUGAAGAUGUCCAAAAACACAACCCAGGAUAAUACCAAGGAUGCUUUCUCUCUUCUUCUAAGGGGCGGCUUGAACCUUUUUGCAGGAAACAUGACUGUUUAAGGGAUAAGAAAGUCAAAGUGAAAUUUGCAUGAUUCAGAUAGAGCAUAUAAUUUUAAUACACUUUUAAAUUCACUUCUAUUGUUUUUAAGUUGCUUUGAUCUCUUGGUAUCCUUUUUUUGCAAAAGAAUAUGUAAGUAUCCUAUACAACUGGGAGCUAACUGGAGAUUGGUGGCUACAUGUGCUGAUAGUUUUGCAGAGGUUAAACACACAGCAAUAGUGCAAUAAUAAAAUGCUCUUAAAUCCAAAAUAAAAUUCUUUCAUGAUUCAGAUAGAGCAAACGUUACCCAGGGUUCUGAAUCAAAAAUGGGCAGGCUCCUAAGCUUUACAUUCCUGCUUUCUAAAAUGGGAUAGCAAGAGAGCGAAGAAAAAAUUAGAAUAAGAGUAAAUUAGAAAGUUGGUUAAAAUUGCAUGCUCUAUCUGAAUCAUGAAAGAAAAAAAAUGGGUUUUGUGUCCCUUUUAAUAAGAGCAUUUUCUUUGUGCACCUUUAUAUGCCUUUAAGUUUAUCAGAUACUUGGGUAAAAAUGUAGUUUCAAAUGAUUAUUUAAUAUUACCUCGGAGUAUGGGUCUUAAUGUAAUUCUUUCUUUGGAUCCAAUGAAAGGAAGGGGUAUUUAAGUAGUUCUUCUAAAUUUGUUGGGUUUUUUUGGCAAACAGUUGAAGAGGUUCUAUUUCAACUUCUUUAUUAUAUACAAGAAAAUAAGAUUAUCAGAUGAGCAAGUAUGUAAGUGGAUCUCUGUCCCCAUGGAAUAUAAUCCUGUUUUAUGGGGGGGGGGGGGGGAUACUAGUUUGGAUUUCUAAAACAAUCCAUGCAAUCUCAAGGUAAAAUUUCUCCUGGUCUCAAGAACUGCUUGAUUUUUUUAUAGGUCAGAUAUUGGCUGUCCAGUUUUGGUAUUUCACUCCCAAACUAUUGGCCUUUGUGUUUAGAGAGCAAUAACAUAAGUGCAUCUGCUCCUCCUGGAGACUCAGCACAUUUAAAUGGCCAUGUCCUUGAGAACAAUUGUUGAUAGUUAAAUGAGUAAAACCCAUUAUAUAAAAUACAAAAAUAAACAUGUGGGAACAAUUUUCCACACAUUUUAAUGCUCCGCAGCUGAUAUAAAAAGUAAUUGGGAAUAAAUUCAAAGGAAACAAA